GGGACAAAAUGAAGAAGCUGCUCCAGGAUCUGCGCUCCACUGGAAAAUACAACAGCACAUGAUUAAACGCUAAUUGCAUGGAACCAGUAGAGGGCAGCAAUGCGCCAUGGAUGCGUAAAAGAAAGAAUUGUGACGUGUGAAGCCUGAACCUUCGUCGGUCACGUGACCACGGCGAGCAGAAACAAGCUUCGACAGUGUCUCGAACCAGUCGACUACAAUCGAGUGAAACGGGCUUCGGAGACUCGGCGCGAAACGUCCCAUCAUGUCCAGCAUUGAGCUGCUCCGGGAGCUCGUCAACGAGCGACUGUCCGCGGCCGCCGAGGAGAUCUUCGAGGCGGUCAAGAGGACCGUGGUGGGCUACGAGGAUGAGAUCGAACGGCAGCGCGCGAUGUUGCUCGAAGCGUCGAAACCUGGAGCAAACGCCGGCAAACACUCAGAUCAACCUCAGCUGGCCCUGGCCGUCUGGAACGAGGAAUUCUCGUCCGAUCAGCAGCAGGUAGAGGAACAGUGUGAGCUGGACUGGAGCUGCCCUUUGGACCAGGACGACCAGGACGACCAGGAGGGUCAACACGUAGACAAGGGCAAGGAGGAUCACCUCAACAGCAAAGGGGAAGUUCAGCUUCAGGAGCUGAAGGAGGACAGCACCAUCAGCUUCAUAAUUAAUCCCGAAGGAGAAGCAGGAAACCCUCUGCCGGCCGCUUUAGCCGAGCAGGAUGAAUCGAUGGUGGAGGACGGGGACGGAGCGUCCUCCAGCGGCUCCGGUGCCAACAACGACGAGGAGUGGAGGCCCGGCGUGCAGGCGGACAACAGCGACAUCAACGGCCCCAAAUGGUUGAAGAAGAAAACCGGGCAUUGUUUAGCGAUGUCCUCAAAACUGCAGCUGGCCAAAAAAAACAAAUCGAGAAUCUGCUGCAAAGUCUGCGGCAAGUCGUUCCACGCCAGCGUCUCGUUGUUGAACCACGUGGAAGUUCACCCCAAAGACCUGUGCGGCGUGUGCGGGAAGCGUUUCUCCAGCGAGGAGAGGUUUCAGGAGCACUUGAAAACGCACGCGAAGGGAGAGAUGUGCGCCAUCUGCGGGAAAUGUUUCGGCGGCUCCAGCUCUUUAGAGAAACACAUGAGGAUCCACACGGGGGAGAAGCCGUUCAACUGCAGCGAGUGCGGGAAGUCCUUCAACUGUCGCCACAACAUGAGGCGCCACGUGAGGAUACACACGGGGGAAAAGCCGUACUCCUGCACCGUCUGCGAGAAAAGCUUCAACGACGACAGCACCCUGAAGCGCCACCUGCAGACCCACGUCCACAACGCGGACGAAAAAGAGGUCAACGACGAGAACGAGGUCAAGACGUCGUCGCCGAAAAAGCCCAAGUCCCGAGCCAUAUGCGACGUCUGCGGAAAGGUUUUCCACUCCAUGGCUUCUCUGGUGAAUCACGCCAAAAGUCACGCCACGGACCUCUGCGGCGUUUGCGGGACGCAUUUUGACUCGGAGGAAAACUUGAAACUUCACCUGAAAACGCAUAAAAACGGUAAAGUCUGCGAAGUGUGCGGCAAGUGCUUCGACGGUCAGGGAAGCCUCGACAUGCACAUGAGGAUCCACACGGGGGAGAAGCCCUUCAACUGCACCGAGUGCGGGAAGUCCUUCAACUGCCGCCACAACAUGAGGCGCCACGUGAGGAUACACACGGGGGAAAAGCCGUACUCCUGCACCGUAUGCGAGAAAAGCUUCAACGACGACAGCACCCUGAAGCGCCACCUGCGGGUUCACGCCCAGAAGAAGAGCUUGGUUUCGAAGAACGACGACGAAAAAGAGAUCGAAGACGAGAAGGAGGUCAAGACGUCGCCGCCGAAAAAGCAGAAGACCCGAGCCAUAUGCGACGUCUGCGGGAAAAUGUUCCGCUCCAUGAUUUCCCUGCUGAAUCACGCCAAAAGUCACGCCACGGACCUCUGCGGCGUCUGCGGGACGCAUUUCGACUCUGAGGAAAACUUGAAGCUUCACCUGAAAACUCACAAAAACGGCAAAGUGUGCGAAGUGUGCGGCAAGUGCUUCGACAGCCAGAGGGGCCUGGAGAUGCACAUGAGGAUCCACACGGGGGAGAAGCCCUUUCUGUGCAGCGAGUGCGGGAAGUCCUUCAACUGCAGACACAACAUGAAGCGGCACGUGAGGACGCACACGGGGGAGAAGCCGUAUCUGUGCAACGUGUGCGGCCGGGGCUUCAGCGACCACACGGGCCUGAAGCAGCACAGCAGCAUCCACACGGGAGAGAAACCGCACCACUGCGAGAUCUGCGGCAAAGGAUUCCUCAGAAAGACGUCGGUGAGGCUCCACAUGAAGAGCCACAAGACUGAGAAGUGAUUGUUAAGUCGACGACGAUGAACUCAGAAUCCCGAGGUUUUAUAAAUAUUAGGCAUUUCUCUUGCAUUAUUGACCCAGGAUGGACUUGAUCUGUGUUCAUGCUACAACAACACCAGCACACAAACGCCAGGAAAAACCUUGGACGUCAGCAGUUUGUCGUCCUUAGGAGGGAUGUUACAAAAAUCAAGCUCCUGGGGAAAUAUUGUUCCUUGUUCCUUAGCUGUUAAAUGCACCACUGUGUUCGCUAGCUUGUCAUUAACCGCGUGCGAGUACUGUGUGAUGCUCAGCAUGACGUGUGUAGUAGUUUAACCAACCCUGUGAUUGUCUUAAGAACUAGUAUAAACCAAAAAUAUGUUGUAAUUGUUAAUGAGCAAAUUAAUGCUAAUAUUACAACUAGUAAGCCUAGAGGAAAUCCAUUCAUCGAGGAAGAGUAGAAAAGAAGAAAACUUCCUGGUAACAAUUCUUUUUUUCUUUUAUUUUUUUUUAUUUUUUUUGAUAACAUUACUGCAAAUUGUCCAAUACAUUGCAAAUUUGAAGGCUGGAGUAUGUACAGAUCUGAAGGUAAUGGUCACAAAUCCUUCAUCUGUUUACACAGUACAUGAUUUUGGGACUAUUUUCAGCGUUGGAUUGUUCCUGUUUGUUUGUCUGAAUACAGUUUAAAGCUCACAGUUGCUUCAUCUAUUGAAUAAAAUAGCUUUUAUUACGA